CCACUUCAUCGUUUACCGCAUGCGUGUUGCAUGCCGCCUACAGUUCGGAGUUCUUCAUCACGCGUCCCAAUCAGUUUGGGAAAAGCCUUCUUUUAGAGGACAUUUAGUUGUACAAAGAAAUCAGACAGGCUAUUUAUCACUAUGGGUGGUCAGUCUAAGGGCAAGAAGAAAAAUAAACCCAAGAGGAAAGACAACCGUCAAAACAGGGAUGGAGGAUUUGUUGACCUGUCACCUCAGGAAAGGAUGAAAGUAAGAAUGCACGAGAAAGCAAAGAAGAAGACAGCUGAGAAGUACUCAGUGCAGCAACUCCUAGAAAAGACUCAGGAAUACAUGGACAGUUUUGACUUUGCGAUGGCUGGCCUCUUCUGUCAGAGAGCUUUGGAUGUGGACUCCGACAACCUUCAAGCCCUUGACAUGCUGGGACACAUUUGCUCUGAAUUGGGAGACAUGCAGAAAGCUAAAUCAGCGUUUCUCCGUGCGAUGGAGCUGAGCCCAGACGUUGGACAUAGUAAAUACAUGUAUCUGGGCCAAAUUCACACUGGCCUGGAAGCUGUGGACUACUACACGAGAGGAAUACAGGUCCUUCUGUCAGCGCUAGAGAAGCAAGAAAAGAUGGCUCAGGCCGGGGCCGUCGGAACAACGGAUGAGAGCGACGAGGUCCCUACAGCGAAGGACGUCAGCGUGGCCUACUGUUCCCUGGCAGAGAUCUACUUAACAGACCUCUGCAUGGAGGAGGGAGCUGCAGACAAGUGCAGACAGUUCAUCGAAAAAGCUUUACACUAUCACCAUAACAACCCAGAGGCUCUCCAGCUUAUGGCCAGUUACCUGUUUAGUACGGAAAGAAACCAGGAAGGCAAGGAAUACCUGUUGAAAAGUGUUGGAACGUGGCUACCUGCUCACAAACGAGGUGCAGCUUCCUCCACCACAGAAGAAGAAGAAGAAGGGAAUGAGAUCCCUCCGUACGAGUCUCGCAUCACCACAGCCAAACUGCUUAUCGAGUCUGAGGAGUAUGAGAUGGCUGUGGAUGUAUUGGAGGGUCUCCUGGAGGAAGACGAUGAAGUUGUUCAGGUUUGGUAUCUGUCCGGCUGGGUGUGCUACCUCCAGUGGGAGAAAGCAAAACAACUGCAGGAAAGAGAAGGAGGAGAAGCAACAGAGGAGAGUAAGGAAGAGUGGACGGCUCUGCAGGAUGCUGCUAGGUCAUACCUGACUAAUGCUAAAAAG